ACUCUUGUCAAACGGACAAAGCGCCGUCCCGCAGCUCGAGAGAGACAGAGAGGGAGAUAAAGGAGUACGAGAGAAAUUGGACUUUUAGUGGACGGACGACGACGCAGCGGAUGGUUUGGGUUGCGCGACGGCGACUCGUCUCCCCGGUACAUCUGCGUUCAAGGGACAGAGAGAGCGCGUAGCACCGCGAGGAGGCGAUCGCGACCGCGCGCGGGAGUGCGGCGGCCGACAGGUUGACACGUUCUCGGUGUGUCGUCGUUGUUUGUCGCGUCUCUCGACUACCACUGUGCUUCUGGUCGAGCGAGGACGCACGCAGCGGACCACGCGACCGAGCGGAACGGGCGAGAGCGGGCCCACAACGAGCGGAGUGACCCAGCCACAGCCACGAUGAGCUUCCUAUUUGGGAGCAGGUCCUCCAAGACCUUUAAACCAAAGAAGAAUAUCCCAGAGGGUACUCAUCAGUACGAUUUGAUGAAACAUGCCGCUGCCACAUUAGGCUCCGGUAAUUUGCGAUUGGCCGUUAUGCUUCCUGAAGGAGAGGAUCUGAACGAAUGGGUGGCUGUUAACACUGUUGAUUUCUUUAAUCAAAUCAAUAUGCUGUAUGGCACUAUCACGGAAUUCUGCACGGAGGAAAGCUGUCCUAUUAUGUCGGCGGGACCAAAAUAUGAGUAUCACUGGGCAGACGGUCACACGGUGAAGAAGCCUAUCAAAUGUUCGGCGCCCAAGUACAUAGACUACCUAAUGACUUGGGUGCAAGAUCAAUUGGACGACGAGACUUUAUUUCCGUCCAAAAUCGGAGUUCCUUUCCCUAAAAAUUUCUUAUCGAUUGCGAAGACUAUCCUGAAGCGGUUAUUUAGAGUAUACGCUCAUAUCUAUCAUCAGCAUUUUAGCGAGGUCGUGCAGCUCGGCGAAGAAGCGCAUUUAAAUACAUCGUUCAAGCAUUUCAUAUUCUUUGUUCAGGAAUUUAAUUUAAUCGAGAGAAGGGAAUUGGCUCCUCUUCAGGAGCUAAUAGAGAAACUGACAGCGAAGGAAGCGCGAUGAGUCCGUCUACUGUUUACGAGCCACUCGUCCUCUCGAAACUUUUCCAAAGAAUCUCUCAAUCACAUUAUCUUCUCUAACCCGCACAUAUAAUUGCAUUAUUUAAACUGAUCUAAUAAUCGCUAAAAACCCCACGAUUUGUCCCCGUCUCGAAGAAUUAGUGGCGAAAACACGCUGCCGUUCCGGAAACAAGCGACUGAUAACGCGAACAAAUACCUAUAGUAUUCGCCCUGAAAUCUCUUCUUCUCUGACGGUGCAUAGAUGUAUUCUGUAUACUCACUGCAUACAUAUAGACACACAUGGA